CUCUCAAUGUUAUUCUUAACAAAAAAUCAGCUGCACAAAAAAAAUGCUCACUACUAAUCUACAAGUAACUAUUUCGCCCCCUACUAACAUAUGCUUGUCCGGUCUGGGGUAACUGCUCAGCUAUACAUAUAAGAAAAAUUCAAAUUUUCCAAAAUAAAAUCUUAAGAACAGUAACAAACGCACCAUGGUUCGUACGAAACGCAAACCUUCAUAAAGACUUCCAAAUCCCCGAAGUCCAGGACCUCAUAAUAAGGGCCCUUGCUACUAAUUUCCACAACUCACUUCAAAAAUCAACAGGCUCGGUACACUUCAACCUUCGCAUACGUCCACCACCUGUAAGACGUCUCAAACGCGGCCGUCCACAAGAUUUUAUCAACUAAUAGAAUAAAAAACUAAAAAGAUUGAAAAUUGAAAAUAUCUAUAAAUAACAUAAAAAGAUUUGAAAUAUUUUGAAAAUUUUAUCAUCUAUAGAAAAUGCCAGUAUAAAAAUGCAGGGAAAAUUUCAUGUGUAUACGUUAAUUAAUCAUAACAUUUUUUUUAAAAACAAAUUAAUAUACAAUUUAUAUAAAAUUUCAAAAAGUAUGUCUAACUUAAUACCAUUCUAAAGUCAUUUCACUCAGAUUUUAAAAAAUAGUAUAAAAUCAUGAAAAAAUAUAAAUAUGCAUCAAUAUAUUUCUUUCUAUACCUACCUUCUUAUCAUUCUAUUAUUAUUGAAAUAUUACUGAAAUUACUGUUUUUACAGUUCUAGAACUGCAAAAAAAGUGGAAAAAUUUAAAAGACAAUUUUCGUAGAAAAUGUGUUUCAAAGUCUGGUAUGGCUGCUAAAAAUGCAAAAGGUUAUACUUAUACUAAAGUAUUAGAAUUUUUGCGUCCGACAAUGGAAAACAGAAAGACUGAGAGUAAUAUUUCUAGUGAGUCAAGCAACGAAGAAAUUAGUGACCAAGAUAGUGAAAGAGAAGAUGAAAUAUUGAUGAUUGGCUUGAAUGAAAGUGAAGUAGAUGUCCAAUCUCCUUCAACCAGCAAAUUGUAUGAUAAAAAACAAAAUAAAAAAAUCGAAAACUCUUUUGAAUCAAGUGAGAAUAAUAAUUUAAGAACCAAACGUCCUUACUCACCUACUAUCAGUAAAAAAAUAAAAACUAAAAGCAUCAAAAAUGAAACAGCAUUUGAAAACAAAUUGAUUUCCUAUUUACAUAAUAGACCACAAGAAGAACCUGACCCUGACAAAUUGUUCCUAUUAUCAUUGUUGCCACAAAUUAAACAAAUCUCACAGGACAAUAAAACUCAAUUAUAUAUUUAUUUUUUAAAUGGAAUUCAACAAAUAAGUCAUAUUUCUAAUAAUCCACAAACAGAGUUUCAUUCUUCACAUCCUCAAGGUUAUUCCUCAAGUCCCUUGCAGACACCAUUAAACGUACUCACUGAUUCAUCUCCUAUUUUACACCAUAAAGUAAACAAUAUUAACUCUCCAUAUCAGACUCCUAUGUUUGCUCCUGUGCCACAGCAUUAUAUGCAAAAUAAUCAAAGUUCACAAUUUUCUCAGUCUACCCAUUGUCCUGUAAAUCUGCCCCAAAAUCAGCCUAUUACUCAAACACACCACAACAAUCUUCCUAGCUAUCAUGAACAUUCUUAAUUAAAAUACAUAAUAUAUCUUAAAAUAUAUUUUAUACAUUGUUAGAAUACAAUAUUAUUAUG